UUCCUGAAAUAGAAUCAUUGCCAUUACAAUGUUCGCUCUUCUUUCGAUUGCCCUCCUCUCCCUUCUUCUCCUCUUUAACCUCUCCUCCGCCUCCUACCAGCCCCAGCUCGCCACCAUCCCACCUUCAGGCCAUGACAAUAUUCACAUGGCCUGCAAGGCCUCACGCGACCCUCCUACAUGCCAAGCCUCCAUACUCCAUUCCAAUCACGUGCUCCCAAAUGCCACCCUUCUGCAGGUAAUUCAAUCCGCCUUGUGGGUUUCCUCGCGGAAUCUUAAUAAGGGACGGAAAUUGGUCCAUGAUAUCCUGGAGGCAUCGGCUGGUAACCAGAACCGUUCCAAUGUAGCCAAAGUUUGCGCUGAGGUGCUGUAUUACUCCAAGUACCGGACGAACAUGACGGCCCAGGCCCUUUCACGUCGCAAGAUCAAGGACGCGCGUGCAUGGAUGAGCGCUGCCUUGGGCUACCAGUACGCCUGCUGGGGAGGGCUGAAGCACGUGAACGAUUCAUCCCUGGUGGGGAAAACGAUGGCCUUCUUGCACUCCUAUUUAAUUCCGUCCUCUAGCAAUGCGCUUGGAAUGAUUGUAAAUUAUGAUCUCUUUGGUGAUCAAACCGGGCUUUGGGGCCUGCCCAAAACGGAGAGGGAUGGGUUCUGGGAAUCCGGGUCGUUUUCCUCUCGUUCCAAUCCAUCCGGCGGCGUGCCGACGGGGCUGAUAGCCAACGUGACGGUGUGCAAGGGCGGGCAUGGGUGCGAUUACGAGAGUGUGCAGCAGGCUGUGAAUGCAGCCCCAGACAAGUCGAAUAAGCAGUUCGUGAUAUUUAUAAAGAGCGGGGUAUAUGAGGAGACGGUUCGAGUGCCGAUGGGGAAGAGGAAUGUGGUGUUCUUGGGGGAUGGCAUAGGGAGAACUGUAAUUACAGGGUCCAUGAAUGUGGGGCAGCCGGGGAUGAACACCUACAACUCCGCCACGGUUGGUGUUGUUGGUGACAGAUUUAUGGCCAGCGGUGUCACUUUCCAGAACACAGCAGGCCCUAAUGCGAAUCAAGCAGUCGCCUUCCGAUCAGACAGUGAUCUUUCCGUCAUUGAAAAUUGUGAAUUCAUCGGCAAUCAAGACACCCUUCAUGCCAACAGCUUGCGGCAGUACUACAAGUCAUGCAACAUCCGAGGAAACAUUGAUUUCAUAUUCGGAAACUCAGCUGCAUUCUUUCAGGACUGCGUCAUUCUUGUGGAACCAGGAAAGAGUACUCAGAACAAGGUAGUCACCGCCAGCGGUAGAAACGAUCCCGCCCAGUCGACAGGGUUCGUCUUCCAGAACUGUGUGAUCAAUAGCACAGAUGCCUACAUGGAUUUGUAUCAUGGAAAGACGGACAUGCACAAGAACUACCUCGGUAGGCCGUGGAAAGAGUAUUCAAGGACAGUUUUCAUGCACUGUACAAUAGGGGAUCUUAUUGCCGCAGAUGGAUGGAUGCCUUGGAGUGGUGAUUUUGCACUCAAGACUCUCUAUUUUGGUGAACUUGAGAAUACUGGGCCUGGAUCUGAUACGUCCAAGAGAGUGAGCUGGAGCAGCCAGAUCCCACCUCAGCAUGCUUCCUCGUACUCGGUCCAAAAUUUCAUCCAAGGGGAUCAGUGGAUUCCUAGAAGUUCUUGAUUACCUCUGCCUAGUGCAGAUACGAUGAUGCUCGACUUACAUAAUCGAGUAUGUGUUUUACAGAAAUUUUUUAAGUGUUUUUUUAAAAUAAAACAUGGAUUAAAUUCUUGGGAUCA